AUGACAGGCAAAGAGCGCGCUGAGAGCGAAGAGCCACAGCAGGGAAGUUCGAAGGUACCCAAGUAUCUGCUGCCUCUGCUGGACGGCAUUAAGAAGUGAGCUGAAUGAGCGAGACCAAAUACAUAGUUGGGCAAAUCUGACAGUGCAACAGCUACCACAAGUCGAACAAGCACUUGGACCUCGUAAUCAAAUGCCAAGGCCGCGAAUGGAAGGUCCACAAGACUGUCGUCUGUCCGCAAUGGGAAGCUUGCGACACCGCUAUCACCAAGUGCAAGGUAUACCCAUAUACAACACCGAUGAUCUUCUACGUUACGAGGAUGCUCACGGCAACAUAGGAGGGCGAAGACAAUGUCUUCGAGCUGAAGCCGGAUGAGAAGGAUCCCAUUGCAGGAGACGAUCCGCAGACUGUCGACGCCAUGAUCCAUUACUUCUACAAUUUCGACUACGGCGACUACGGAAACGGCCAGCAGGAUGUACCGGGCAUCGUUCUCGACAUCCGCGUCUUCCUCAUCGCCGACAAGUACUUCAUCACUCCACUGGCAGAGCUCGCCGUCCAGAAAUUCGAAAAGCGCUGCAAGGACGAAUGGUCGACCCCCGAAUUCGCGGAAGCUGCGUCGAAGAUCUACGAGGCGCGAUUGGCUCCCGACGGGGCUAUGAAGCGGAUCAUCGUCGCUACCGUCAAAGGACACGCCAAAGCGCUUCUGUGCAGGGAGAAGAACGAUGAGAUCUCGAGCUUGGCCAACGUGCUCAAGAUGACGGAAAUAGGUGCUGACGUCUCGAGCGCCCUCAUUGCCGAUGAUAAGAGUACGAAGACUUACAAGUGUCCGGGUUGCAACAAGAUCUUUUCUGUGUCUAUUCCGGAUGGCUGCAAAUUUAGUUGUCCAGGACUUUGCUACCACAACAAUCGCGCAGGCUUUUGGAAGAGCCAUGUUGUGGAGUAA